AUGCAACCAGGAAACCACUCACAGCUUCCAGUAUUUAUCCUCCUGGGACUUUCUGAGAAGCCAGAGAUUCAGUGUGUUCUCUUUGGGCUCUUCCUCUCUUUGUACCUGGUCACCGUCUUUGGGAACCUGCUCAUCAUCCUGGCCAUCAUCACAGACUCCCACCUCCACACCCCCAUGUACCUCUUCCUCUCCAACCUGUCAUUGUCUGACAUCUGUUUCAUCUCCACCACCAUCCCAAAGAUGCUCCUGAACAUCCAAACCCAGAGCAAAGCCAUUACCUACACAGGCUGCAUCACCCAGAUGUAUUGUUUCACAGUUUUUGGACUUUUGGACAACUUCCUCCUGACCGUGAUGGCCUAUGACCGCUUCGUGGCCAUCUGCCACCCCCUGCACUACACGGUCAUCAUGAACCUGCAGCUCUGUGCCCAGUUGCUCCUCCUGACCUGGCUCAUCAGCAUUCUGGGGGCCCUUCCUGAGAGUUUAACCAUGUCCUGGCUCUCUUUCUGCCCCAUAGUUGAAAUUCAGCACUACUUCUGUGAACUCCCUGAGGUCCUCAAGCUUGCCUGCUCUGACACCUUCAUCAAUAACAUCAUAUUGUAUCUUGUGACAGGUGUUAUGGGCUUUUUUCCUCUCACUGGCAUCCUUCUCUCUUAUUCUCGAAUUGUUUGUUCUGUACUGAGGAUCUCAACGACAGGAGGAAAGUACAAAGCAUUUUCCACUUGUGGGUCUCACCUCUCAGUGGUCUCCUUGUUCUACGGAACCUGCCUUGGGGUCUACCUCAGCUCCACAUGGACACAUGACUCUCAGACAGGGGCGUUUGCCUCCGUCCUGUACACCGUGGUCACCCCCAUGCUCAAUCCUUUCAUCUACAGCCUGAGGAACAGAGACAUGAAAAGAGCUCUGAGAAAGCUUCUCUGCAACACGUUGUCUCCCCAGUGA